GUUGAAAUAAUAUUCACCCAGCAGUUCAAAUAUUUGAAAUCAAGCAAGUCAGCGAUAGCAUUUGCUUUCGUGGAAAUUAUAACAAAUUUGUUUAAAAAUGAGCAGUCAAAUUAAAAAGUCGAAAACGACCACCAAGAAGUUGGUGAAAUCAUCUCCAAAAAGUGCUCCAAAAGCUGCGGCAGAGAAUCAAAUUUUCAGUUGCCAAUUCGAAGUGUUUGGUCAUGUGCAAGGUGUCUUCUUUCGCAAGCACACUCAAAAAAAGGCCAAUGAGCUGGGCAUAACUGGCUGGUGCAUGAACACAACUCAAGGAACAGUUCAGGGAAUGCUCGAAGGAUCCUUGGAUCAAAUGACUGAUAUGAAAUACUGGCUGCAGCACAAGGGAAGUCCUCGUUCGGUGAUCGAGAAGGCUGUAUUCUCCGAGAAUGAACCACUGCCCAUCAACAACUUCAAGAUGUUCUCGAUUCGUCGCUAGCUAAGUCAGUUAUUAGUUUUAUAAAGUUGCAACUAAGUUGUGACUUGAGCUGAAACGUGUGAAUCGCUUGGAGCACGAAAUAAAAAUUUGCUUCUAGA